AUGAGCAAAAAUAUAUUUGAAAUGCUGAAAUAUGUCCAAGAUACUUCAUUUGAUACUGAAUUUGGAGUCAAGAGUUUCAAUGACAGCCUUCUUUUAGACUCAAAAUCUACUUUGACCAAACGAAAUUCAAUUAUGACAACUCCUCUUUUGAAAGACGGCACAAGUCAUUUUAGAAUUAUUAUCUGUGGAGAUUCUGGCAUUGGAAAAUCAGCUUUGGUUCAUGCUUUAUCGACUGCGGACAAUAGUGAUAAUACGACAAGAGCAAACCCACCGAGUUCUUUUGAGCCCAUUGAAUACUUUUUACCAUCCACAGAUAUCUGUGUUGUGGAUACGUGUGGUUAUGGCGCUUCUAUACGGCCCGAUGCCAUUUUUUCGAAUACAAAAAAUUACCUUGAAAAGCAAUUUGAGAAAACAAAUAGCUUACUUAACCCACACUGCCGAGAUGACCAGCGGUUGGUUUACUUGUUAGAACAAGCUCCUACAGUUUCAACACAUGUGGAUGUAUGCUUAUAUCUCAUCAUGGGUCGACUGAAGCCUGUUGAUCUAGAGUAUAUGCGGUACAUUCAUGACCUGGUAAAUAUCAUACCAGUCAUCAUUCAACCAGACUUGUCUGUCAAAAUGAAUCAAAUGUCAGAACAACGCCUCGAUAUGAUUCAGACCCUCUAUCAAAAUCAAAUCAAGUUCUGUACAUUUGGCUUUACCCAAGAUGAGAUCUUGUCUCAGUGUAAAGAGGCUAGUCUCUAUUGUAUACCCUUUGUCUUGAAUUGGUCUUCAACUAAGCCUUUGUUUCAUGGAUUGGCUCAGAUAAAGCAAGCCUUAUUUAAUGUUCAUUUAUACCAUUUGAGAAAACAAACAAACUAUAGAUUCAUUCAAUGGAGACAUCAGCAAGCAGUUGUCGUAAAUGAUACGAGUGUUUGCAGCAGUAUAAGCACUAGUAGUAGUAGUAAUCUUAGCACGAGCAGCAGUGUCUAUAGUAGCCUAUCCACUGCAGAACAACAAAAGAUAUCAGAAUAUAUUAAAAUUAAACCAACAUAA